AACUGAGCUGCACUCGCUGCUAUCAGGUGUGAACUGGUUCAACGCCGGGUAACCAAACCUCAUAGUGAUUUUCUUCUUUUUUUUCAGGUAUAAAUAAGAAAUUCUCUUUCCCGGUUCGCCAUUGUCAUCUAACACUUUAGAGUUGUAUGUAUCGAAAAUUUUCCGAACAAGAAAUGGCUUCAAAGAAACUGAAAGUAGUUUUAUUCCUCGGCUCAACAAGGGAAGGACGUAUGGGAUUGAGGGUUGCAAAAUUUAUUCAGGGACAACUGGAAUCUAAAAAUUUCCAAGUGGAAUUGUUUGAUCCAGUCACUCUUAAGUUCCCAGUGUUUGAGAAAGCACUUCACCACUACCAGGACAGGUCCAAAAUCCCCAAAUGGAUGGUCGACUGCGAGACAAAAGUGAAGGAGGCGGACGCCUAUGUGGUGGUGUCAGCUGAGUACAACCACAGCAUCCCCCCCGCCCUCAGCAACAUGAUGUCCCACUUUGGGCCAGCUUUGUACAGCUACAAGCCCACUGGGAUUGUCUCAUAUUCUAUGGGUCCAUUUGGUGGGAUGAGAGCCGCCAUGCAGCUCAGGUGUUUUCUCAGUGAACUCGGAACCCUGAGUGUCUCAAAUAUUUUUGGAAUCCCAGAAGUCCACAAGGCGCUUGAUGAGAGUGGGAAGCCAUUAAAUGACCACAUGGUUAGCGGUGCGGAACGAUUAAUCUCACAAUUGGAUUGGAUGUCAUGGGCUAUGAAAAACCACAGAGACAAAAAUGGUGUACCAAAAUAAGUUUUUACAUUUUUUUUUUGCAUCAAGUUUUAGUAACAGCUAUUAAUUUUGCCUUUUUAUGUUUUAGUUACUUUAAAUAAUAAAUCUGCAAUUUUUGCUUCAUCAAAUGAGGGGUAUGAUAAUUUCCUAUUUCAUUUCUGGUGAAACAUUUGCAUAAUAAAUUUAGUUUUGUGAUAAAAUAGUUGUUAAAAGAAAUAUAGCAUAAUUAUUAAUCUCCAAUAACUCAAGUACUUAUUGGUGUUGUUGUGUUAUAAUUCAAUUAUUUGUAUAGAAAGUAUACUCAAAUUCAUGUCUCGAAAACAAACACAUAUUUUUACUUUAGUAUUGACAUGUACAUGUUUAAAUAUAUUAAAUUUAUGUAGAACAAAAACAUUGAA